UUAAGAUUAAAAUUUCUGCCCGUGUUCUGAAACACAUGGUACAUGGGAAAUCGGGCAUCGGUUUCACAUUUUCGGAACCAAGAUGAUUGGUCAAUCCCCGCCAAACUAUUUUUUCGAUUGCGUCGUUCUUGUUCUGUCUUCUAUACAUGGGAUAGAAUCCCCACAUGGGAGUUGAGCUGACCAGAGUAGGUAGCAUUAAGUGAGGAGCAGAAUUAAGAAAAUAAUUGUGUCCUGUGAAUAAAGAAAUACGAAAUGGCGGAAUUCGUAGAGAAACGAUGUGAGGAUAUGAUACCUGAAUUAGAACAAAUGGAGAGGAUAAAGCUCUUCGAUAAAAAUGAGAUUCGAGGAAUAGCAAAAAAACGGAAGGAAUAUGAGUACAAAAUACAAAGGCAUACAAAGUGCAAGGAGGAUUACCUACGUUACAUACAAUAUGAAAUGGAUUUACUGAAGCUCGUUCGACAACGUCGUGAUAAAUUGGGAAUCGGCCAAAAGAAAUCUGACAUCGAUUACGCAAUCGCCAAUAAAGUGAAUCAGCUUUAUACGCAAGCAAUACAUAAGUUUCAGGACGAUGUGCGAUUUUGGAUUGCCUAUAUGAAGUUUUGCAAACACAUGCGCUUUCAUAGUUCCACAAGUCGCAUGAUUGGCAGAAUGUUACAAGUGCAUCAAGACAAGCCAAAAUGUUGGCAUAUUGCUGCACGAUGGGAAAUUGAAGAGAAUCAAAAUAUUCAAAACGCACGGCAGUACCUUUUACGAGGAUUGCACAUACAUCCAGAUUCCCGAUUAUUAUACGCGGAUUCAUUUCGGCUCGAAUUAGACGAAGCGUUAUCAAAAGUAGGCGACUCUGAAAUGAAGGAUGAGAAAUCAGACACAGUGGCAACCGGGGAGGAUACAAUGCCAGAUGAGCUUAAACGUGCUAAUGUAAUAUAUCUGCAAGCUUUCAAGCGUAUCAAAGACAUAAAGUUCAUCAUAGAGCUCUUAGAUAUCACUAAAGAAUACAAGAAUACCGAGAAGUUACAGAAUAAAAUUGUUAGCGACAUGGUGCAAGAAUACGCACACGAACCUCUCAUGUGGGAUACAAUGGCCAAGAGAGAGCUGAAAGGUUUAGUCCAGCCUUCUAGUACUAUGGAAGUUGACAGUUCUGAACAGAGUUCUUUGCGGGAUCGCAUAAGUCUUUGUAAUGAGGUUUACCAAACAGCCGUGAAAAAAAUAAAAACUGAAGAAAUGUGGUCCCUCUAUAUUGAAUGUAUACUGGAAAUCAAUCAUGACACCGGAUCUUUGCCAAAUUUCAAGAAAAAGCUCUUACGUAAUGCGCUCAGUCAAGCUCACCAAGCAAAAAAGCUUCGCGAAAAAUAUUAUCUGCAAUGGAUCAACAUGUUGAACAAUGAGAAGAAAGACGAGAAUACUCAGAAGAAAUUACUUGAAGUUCUCACUUGGGCGACAGAGGCUUUGCCGAAUAGUGUCAAUCUUUGGCAGGCAAGGUUACGUUAUCACGUGAUAUUAGGAGAAGACGAUAAUGUAGCUACAGUAUUUGCUAAGGCUACUAAAAUUCUUAGAGAGAAAGCUUUACCAUUGUGGAGAAUGAAAUUGUUGCAUGUACAGGCAAAGAGUCCUGAGAAAACUGAGGAAGUUUUCCAAGCAGCAAUGCAGGGAGAACCAGCCAUUGCUAGAGACAUGAAACCCACAUACGUCGAAUGGUUGGUUUUGACCAAAAACAUACAGACAGCAAGACAGGUCUAUGACAAUCUUUGUCUCCAACCGCCAUCUUGUUUAGAAUUACAUAAGAAAAUGGCAGCAAUGGAACUAAUGCAGCCGGAAAUCUCCUUGAAAAAUGCACGCAGACCACAUGAAAUGGCGACGUUGCAAUUUGGCAAGAGUCACACAGAUGUCUGGAUGGAUUACAUCAAUUUUGAAAUGAAUCAUGGUGAUCCAAAAAGAGUAGCGGAAAUUCACAGAAGGGCUGUUAAAAGUUUGGACUCUUCCUUAGCAGAAAAAUUUGUGACACAGUUCAGUUUAUUGAAAGCUAAAGCUGAAAACUCAAUGGAAUCCACUGUGUCCACUUCGUAAAUAUGAUACUAAUAAUCCUUGUACACAUUGUUACGCUGCUAAAAACCUUUUUUUUCACUACUACCAA